CUUAACGCUACCGAGCAGGAUGAUCACGCUUUAUCGCUGGCUAGUGAUGUUGGCCGUACUGUCGAUCGCGCUUAGUGACGGUGCUGCCCCGGAGCAUGACGUUGUGAAGAGCCGCCAGAAACGUAUCGUGUUCCCACUAAACGCUGCUAUCGGUAUCAUUUUUGCCAUUGCCGUACCGCUAGGCAUACCGAGCAGGAACAUCUUUAUGUCGUACAAUUUUGAGGGCAACUACAACAGUCCGCAAGAUGCCAACGUCUUCACCGAGGGGUUCGGUAACUACAUAAAAGGUAUCGUGGAACCACUCACCGCACCAUCCGCCCCGGUAGAGCAGUAUGGUAUUAGAAAGCGAAGUACGCAAGAGGGUGUGACUCGGCCCAAGAUCACACCGCAAGUAACACGAAGGCAGAUGUACAAAAUGCUCCAGAAACAGCUUCAGGGCCAACACUAUCAUGGAAAGAAAUGUCUGAAGCGCAUGAUUUGUGAAGCGGCAUUGCAUCCCUUCAGUGAAGCUAAUGGCGUUGUUGGAGACAUAAUGCAGAUACUGUUGAGUCCCUCGACUUCAAUGGAUGAAUUGCUGCCGAAGGAGUAUUUAAUCGCGGAAGUUGCCGGACAGAAUGGAUCGUGCGACGAGUAUCGACAAGACUGCCCAAAGGAUCCGCUUGAGAUUGUUAGUGUUUUGUGGCUACAUGUUAUCCUGCCCUUGUUGGUGGUACCGUUUGCCGCCAGCGAGAACACAACCGAUCACGAUGGCCCGCUGCAAGAGGAGGGACGUCUGCUGAUCCGUGGCAAACCUGUGCUAGUGUAUCCGGCAACGGCGCCCACCCGUCACCAGCUGAUCGGUGGUAUCGGUGUGCCUGUGCAAGGAAUUCCUCACUCGGUCGUGUUUGGCUGGGUGUUGAAGGCACAGUACUAUCUACCGAGCGUGCCAGGGAACUACGAGCCGAUCAAUCUCGAGAACUGGAACGAAAGCCGGCGUGCGUUUCCCGAUCGUACACGCCGAUCGAUCGAACGCUAUGAGGUGGAUAAUGUACGCAUUCGGGUGGAACCACUGCCGUUGAAAGAUGUUACGAGCAAUGCGGCACAUGGCGACGAUGAUUACUACGACGAAGAGUUACAGGACGAGUUCAGCGAUCAUGAACAAGUAGUGCCUGGGGAGGGGCAGAUGAAUUCUGAUGAUGGAGAGCCUAAGGAUUCUCCGGGCGAGGCGGAAACGAACGCACAUCCGGAAGAUUAUAAUGUGCCCAACGGGAGAUGGAUGGUGUAUAAGGCGAUGGAAGGUCUUAGCACUGGAUAUGGUUAUGGCGGUAGGGCCUGUGUGUUGCGGAGCAUUUGUGAAGCGGCUGAUGUGCAAUUUACCCACACCGGAGGAGUGUUUGCGGAGCUGCUACACAUCAUGUUUAGGCUCACCCCUCGCCGCUCCGAGCGAGAAACACCGCACUGCAAGGUGCUUAAUCUAUCACGGCAAGGUGCUAACACGGGAUGGCAAGUACUUGUUAGUCAGCCUAAAAAGGAAGCCUCUUCUUGGGGUGCUCGCAACCGUGGCAAUCAUUUCAAACCAUUUGCUCCGCUUCGGUUUCGUGUGCGCGUGUGGCGAUCGUUCGCGUUGCAACGCAGAUCUACAUUCCGUUUACUCCACGUAAUUCCAACGCUCAAAAUCGUUCACCCUUGCAGGAUGGCACGGCGGAUGGAGCUCAGCUACGUUCUCGGAGUGCUGUUGCUUCCGCUCGGGAUGGCCGACUUCAUACCCUGGCUGAUCGUGCCGGAAACGGCCCCAACACGCCAUCAGCUGAUCAGCGGCAUCGGUAUCCCCGUCGGCACGCCGGAAUCCAUCACGAGCGGCUGGGUCAUGAAGGCGCAGUACUUCCUUCCCACCAAGGUGGACGACCUGAAGCCACAGCUGUGGGACAACUGGAACGACAGUCGGCGGGCCCUUGCUAGGCGCGAUCUUUCCGGGCUGCACGUUCCGGUAACGCAGCUUCCGAUCGGUCACGCGGGACACGAGCGCUACGUGGUGGACAGUGUGCCGGUGCGCGAGGAACCGCUCGACAGCUCCAACGAAGAGGAGUUUGACGACGGGGACGACAGCUACUGGAAGGAUCCGGAGGAUGAGCAGAUUUUGCAGCAAUCGGGCGAGGAUGGGCUGCGGUGGCCGGCGGCCAAGGAAAUCGAUCCAUCCCAGCUCGACGGCUACAGUGCGGAACAGUCCCGCUGGACCACGUACAAGGCGAUGGAAAAGUUGAGCGAAGGUUACGGUUUACCGGGCCGUGCGUGUGUACUGCGCAGUGUUUGUGAAUCCGCGGCGGCACCGUUUACCCACACUGGCGGUAUCUUCGCUGAGUUGUUGCAUAUCGUUUUUACCCCCUCAAGCACCGAGGAACCACUGUCGGAGCAUCGGGACAACGAGUACUUUCGGGCGGAACAGCUCGGACGUACCGGGGCACCCUGUGAACGUAUCUUUCCCGAGUGCGUACACUCGCUGCUGGACAUCUUUACCGGAGUGCAUGAUGGGGAAACGAACACGAUGCGAUUGCUACACGACGAGGUGCAAGCCUAUCUUAUGCGGAAGUGAGUGUUUUUGAGGGCACUGCAACGAACGCUCACGCAGACUCACGCUGUCAGAAACAUUUACUAGUCAUGUUUCGGGUAUCUUUCCGCAUUAAAUGUAAGAGCUUCUCUUUUUUUGAGCGUAAUAAACUAAUUUUA